UUGCCCUCCACAAUACAGAACAGACCCGUGAAGUCAGAGAGACAGAGAGAGAGAGAGAGACACACACACAUAGAGAAUUUCGCCGGAGAAAUUUGCGGUUACGGUGGUCUUACUCAGUAACAAGACAUUAGAAUCUCCAGUCCCUUCUUCACCAGAAAAAAAUCAUCGAUCUCUAUUAUACAUCAAGUUUCUCUAAUCGGUUUGGAUGACGUUAUUGCAGAAGCGGAGAAUCAUCACAGUGAAUCCAUCAGCUUCUAUUGAGAUGAGCCACCACAACAACAACAACAAUGAGGUUCCUUACACAAGCGUUGUUGAUGAUGAGACUCCAUCUCCCAAAGCCACCGACAAGAUUAGGAAAGUGUCAAUGUUACCACUCAUUUUCCUCAUAUUCUACGAAGUCUCAGGAGGUCCUUUCGGUGUGGAGGACAGUGUGAAUGCAGCUGGACCCUUGUUAGCUCUUCUAGGCUUUAUCAUCUUCCCUUUCGUUUGGAGUAUCCCCGAGGCGUUGAUCACCGCUGAGAUGGGCACAAUGUUCCCCGAGAACGGCGGUUACGUCGUCUGGGUCUCCUCUGCUUUGGGACCGUUCUGGGGGUUUCAGCAAGGUUGGAUGAAGUGGCUAAGUGGUGUUAUCGAUAACGCCUUGUAUCCUGUUCUGUUUCUUGAUUAUUUGAAGUCAGGAAUCCCGGCUUUAGGUAGCGGUUUACCGAGAGUUGCAGCCAUCUUGGUGUUGACUCUUAUGCUUACUUACUUGAACUACAGGGGUUUGACUAUAGUUGGCUGGGCUGCUGUGCUUAUGGGUGUGUUUUCUAUCCUUCCUUUUGCCGUCAUGGGUUUGAUUUCGAUUCCGCAGCUUGAGCCUUCGAGGUGGCUUGUGAUGGACUUAGGGAACGUGAACUGGAACUUGUAUCUAAACACGCUCUUCUGGAACCUAAACUACUGGGAUUCCAUCAGUACGCUAGCUGGUGAAGUGGAGAACCCGAACCAGACGCUUCCAAAGGCUUUGUACUAC